UGCAUUCUGGGGGAAAGAAGGAAGUGCACAGGCUUCGCCUCUCCGUUAUGGAAGAUAGGUUUGUCUGACGUCACUUCCGCUGCGAGGCUGUGUUAUUGUUGUGUUACAGGGAGCACGGAGCCGAUCCCGGAGGUGAACAGCUGUUUUUCUCUAGAUUCAACUAAGAAACAUCCGCCAGUUGAACAUAAAUCGCCGCCGUCAUGUUUCGCUUCAUGAGAGACACCGAUCCCCAAGAUCCGGCCAUGUUCCUGAUGGAUCCGUUUGCGUUGCACCGUCAGCACAUGAGACGUAUGUUUUCCGGGAAUUUUGGAAUGUCGCCCUUCCUGAGCCUGACGGAUGGGAGUGUGCCGGCGCUUCCACAAUCUGGGGGACAUCAGCAGGCGGGAGCGCUGAGUCCAUUUGGCAUGAUGGGAAUGGGCGGUGGAUUUAUGGACAUGUUUUCUAUGAUGAAUGACCUGAUGGGAGGUAUGGAGCAAAUGACAAGCGCCUCCAACUGUCAGACCUUCUCAUCUUCCACAGUCAUCUCGUACUCUAAUAUGGUGGGCAGCGGAGCCCCUAAAGUUUAUCAGGAGACCUCGCAGAUGCGCACGGCACCUGGUGGGAUCCGUGAAACCCGGCGCACCGUGCGGGAUUCAGACAGCGGAAUGGAACAGAUGAGCAUUGGACAUCACAUCAGGGAACGGUCGCACAUCAUGCAGCGCUCACACAACCACCGCACCGGAGACCGAGAGGAAAGACAAGAGUUCAUCAACAUGGAUGAAAAUGACGCUGCCGAGUUUGAUGAAGAAUGGCAGAGAGGGACCUCCCGUUACAGGAACCAGAGGGGGCUGCCAUACAGGAGGCGAGGCGGCGCAGAAGAGCAGCUCGCCAUCCAGGGACCUGAAGACAGCACGAUUAGGCCGUCUCGCAGAUACGACUGGUGAUAGGGAACGUCUGCGACUGAAAACAAGAUUCUGAAUAUUCCGAAAGGGACCAGUCCCUCCGCUCACCGCUGCAUCAUCUCCUGAUACCGCUCCCCAGUCCCCCUACCCCCUAUAUAUUUUUUUUUAUCCUAAUGUCUGCCCUUUUUUUCUUUUUUAUUAUUAUUUUUUUUUACCUCCCAUCUGGAAAUUACAUAAGACGCUUGAUACAAAUAUGGGAGCGACAUUAGGGAGAGGGCAAAAACUUCUGUUAGGGUCAUACACAGGGGGUAAGUGGAGUCUCGUUACAUGGGGGGUUUGCGUAGAGGGGAGGCGGGGCCUGAGAAUUGCAAGGGGCGGUGGGGGUGGAGUUAAUAUUUAAAUUCUCUAGAUGUAGGUUUUUUUGUUUUUUUAUUUUUAUAGACCAUUGACCUGCAAGCUGUAGGCUCUGCUAGUAUAGUAAAUCUCCAACUCCCAGCAUGCAGCAGUCAGAGUAUGAUGAGGGUUGUAGUCUCACUGCCUCCAGGGAGCCGAGGCUUGCAUGUCACUGGUGUAGACAGUCUGAGAUUUUCCGUGAUGUUGAGAAAGGAGAGCAGGACGGACUUUUUUUUUUUUUCUUACGUCUGGGUGGGGGAGGGGACAAGGCACUCUCCGGCUCUUACAACAUGAGGGGGCAGCCAUCUUGUAUUAUUAUUCUUGUAGCUAUGUGGGUGGAUUAACAUUCCUCUACAGCAGGGCAGAUGCUCUGCAGAGUUACUGCUCGUGGCCGAGUGCAAUGAAGGCUAAUUCGCUCUGCCUGAUAGGGGUUAUAGUAUAACAUUAUUUUUUUUUUGUUUCACAAUGUUUAAUAAUAAUAAUAAUAAUAAUUGUACAACUGUAUUAAUAAAAGAACGUGUUCUGUU